CUUUUUUGGCGCAUACUUCCUGUUUACUGAAUGGUUGUCAGUGCAUGUUGCUAACGUAGACAGCGAUGAGUUGGAGAAGGCGUCGUUUUAUGAGGAGUACAUCUAGUGCUUUGUCGGGCCGUAAUACGGAAGGGAGAGCAGUUAAAAUCGAGAGCCAGAAUAUACUGGUGAGGAAGUCUAACAGAUUGAAGAGGAAAGAACAGAGACGAGGGCAGACAGGGCAAAAUAUGCAACUGGAAGGUAAAGUAAUGACAAUGAGUCAGCUGAGUAUACGCCGCUGGACAACCAAAAAUGUAGCCAAGUGGCUUAAAGAUGAGGGUUUCCGUGACUAUGUUGAACUACUGUGUGAAAAGCACAGGCUUGAUGGUAUUUCCUUAUUGACUUUGACAGAGUAUGACCUCCGUUCUCCUCCACUUGAACUGAAAGUUCUAGGGGAUAUCAAAAGGCUGAUGGUUUCAAUUCGCAAACUUCAAAAGCAGAACACUGAUAUUUUAGAAGAACUUGGUUGUGAAAGUUGGACUGUUGGAUCUUAUGGACAUAGCUUGUCUUCCCAGUCAGCAAAUGAUUGGCUUUGUAAUGGUGAUCCUUCCCGGGACUAUGAUAGUACUAUUACCAGUCUAAGUAGUGAGCAGUAUCACCAAUAUUCAAAUGGGAAAAAUAAACAACGAAGGCUUGAUCCCGAGUACUGGAAGACUGUUCUAAGCUGUAUUUAUGUAAUAUUUGUGUUUGGAUUUACAUCCUUUGUCAUGGUUAUCGUACACGAGCGAGUGCCUGAUAUGCAGACGUACCCACCUUUACCAGACAUAUUUUUGGACAGUGUACCUAGAAUACCAUGGGCCUUUGCAAUGGCCGAAGCUUGUGGUAUUAUUCUAUGCACAAUAUGGUUGUUAGUAUUGCUUCUUCAUAAACACAGGUCUAUUCUGUUACGUAGAAUGAGUAGUCUGAUGGGCACUGUGUUUAUGUUGCGUUGUAUUACAAUGUUUGUAACAUCUUUAUCUGUCCCUGGUCAACACUUGCAGUGUUCUGGAAAGCUCUAUGGUGACAUGUGGGCAAAACUGCAUCGGGCUGUUGCAAUUUGGAGUGGAUUUGGCAUGACCCUAACUGGAGUUCAUACGUGUGGUGAUUACAUGUUUAGUGGCCACACUGUUGUACUUACCAUGCUAAAUUUCUUUGUUACUGAAUAUACUCCAAGAAGUUGGAACUUCAUCCAUACGCUGUCUUGGGUUCUGAACUUAUUUGGCAUCUUCUUUAUAUUGGCAGCACAUGAGCAUUACUCUAUAGAUGUUUUCAUUGCUUUCUAUAUCACCACAAGACUCUUUUUGUACUACCACACACUAGCAAACACAAGGGCAUAUCAGCAGAGUAGAAGAGCAAGGAUCUGGUUCCCAAUGUUCUCAUUCUUUGAGUGCAAUGUUAAUGGACCUGUACCCAAUGAAUAUUGUUGGCCUUUCUCUCGACCCUCAAUAAUGAAAAGAUUAAUUGGCUAGAAUCAUCAGCCUUUCAUCUUUAUAGACUUACUUUAACCCUGCACUAAUUUCCUCUCUCAGGCAAUGAGUUAUGCAAUGGCUCCUAUUCAGUGUAAUCUGUGCAAUAAUUGAUAUUGACAAUACAAAAUAUAAUGUUUUGGAAAAUGAAACUUUAUAAUGGUCAAGAGAGUUCUGAUUUGGAGGACUGUCUGUGUCUGUUAACUGUAAAGUGUCUGCCAUUAUAUCAAAAUUCAACCUAGUGGGAGAAUAUACAAAGAGAUUGAUGUCACAAUUUCUUUCCUGGGAUAUGUUUAUUUUAUUGCAAAAACUGAAGUUUCUAUUACCCAGUCUGUACCAAAUAUUGCAAAUGCAGACAAUACCAGGAUAUUUGUAAUGCUGAGGCAGUUCCUUUAACCACUAUUUUUUUUUAAGUGAGCAAAUUUUUGCUAUGUUUCUUUUUCAGAUAUUCCUGUGUAACUACAUUUAUGCAUGUCUUACAUGACAUAACAGUUUGCAUGUAAAAUAUUAUCUAGAUCAUGCAGUUUAAAAUUACUUUUCUUCUUUUGACUUUUACACUAGCAACAAGGUGUUAGUUGAUGGAUACUGAUUAUACCAUGUCAUAGAUAAGGUGCUGCUCUUAUCAAGUAAAUAUCUGUAAUACUGCACAUUAAAUGUCUUAAAGUGUAUAUCAAAAUAUUGUGUUCUAAAAUGAAGUUUUCAUAACAAAUAUUUAGUUUUUUUAAGUGUUCUUAUUAAGUAUGCAGUUCAGUAAUUAAAAACUUUUCAUCAAUGCCAUGUUAUAUUUACUCUGACCCAGUUAACAAAAAAGUGCUUUGUAUGUGGUGAGAUGAUACAUUUGUAGAAGUGUAAAUACACGUGCACAUCCACACAGAGAUACAAUGUAAAAGUAAAACUUUCAUUACAGGCCUUUAAUAAUGUACAUUUCAAGAUAAAUUGGCUUAAUCAGUUAAUGCGUUUUGAGCAUAACUAUUCAUUCUGUUCACCAUAGAUUUUCUGUCUUGUUAUUUAUUUCACACACUGCAACAAAAGUUGUGCUGCCUGUCUUAAAGCCACGAAGAACAUUUUAUUGCCAUUUUUCUAGUCAUCAGGUAUUCUAUCUCUGUAUGGUAUGGGAAGGGAGGAUGUCUGGUUGUCUCUCCAAAGUAUUGUUUGAAUAUCAUGGUUAUAUGACUAUGAUAUUGAAAGAUUUUAUAGUAUCUCCUUUGACGUAUUAUAUCUAAAGUUAUGUAGUAGUUUGUGUAGGUUGAAUUAUGAGUUUUAAUAUAAUUUUGUUAAUAUUAAAAAUUCCUUACAAUAACAGUUGAAAGUCUUCUAUAUUUAAUUGUGUACUGUACAGUAUGUUUAACAAGAAACAUUUUAAGCAUCAGUUAUCUUUAGAAUUUAAUUUAUACUGGUAGUUGUUACCAAAUUGUUUACCAUUUUAACUUUAAGGUACUGACUGCCUUGAUCCAGUUUACUAAUUGCACUUACGUUUGUAAAAGCACUAUCUUCUGUAAAUGUUUACAUCAUUUUACAUAUUCAGUUUAUUUAUAUAUA